AUGCUGGCAGAAUCCGAACCGGCCGUCAGCAACGGAGAUGCCCCCAAGCUCCGGGCUGCCUGCGAAAAUUGCAGGCAGUCGAAGGUCAAAUGUAACCUGUCGGGGAAGGACACCUGCAUUCGGUGUCUCCGCCACGGGCUGCCCUGUCGAUAUCGCGUCGCCAACCGCUCGGGGAAGCCCAAGGGGAGCAAGAACCGGGCGACCCUGCGGAAGCUGGGGCAGUUGCAGGACGAGAAGAAGCCCAGCAUCUCUGCCAACGGAUGGGCGGAGCCCGUCAGUGUCAGUCGCAGCCAACCGCCUCGUGUUGGCUAUGACGUCGAAAUCGGGGUCGAUGAAACGAGUCCACAGGACACGAGCCAGGCCAGUCCAUCAGACAGCCCCGACAGCCACGGAAUGAACCUGGCCGACCCGGGCAUGCUGCACGACCAUGGGGUGGAGUAUCCGUCCUCCCUGGGCGACCCCCUCUCUUCGGUGGCCCCGAUCUUCAGCCCGACGUCGAUGUCGCCAACCUUCCUCCAGAAGGAGUUCAUCACCAAGGGGCUGACCAGCUGCCCGCUGGCAGUGCACAUACCCAACGCGCUACAGGGGUGCGAAUGCGCAGGGGCACUCAUGUUCCACACGAACCGGCUCCGCCACAUGGUGAUCGAUAGCAUCCACCUCCGGGUGGACCAGAUCCUGCAGGGCAUCCAGACGGCGCUGACAGUGUGCCGGGGGUUCCUGCAGUGCCUGCACUGCCCCAAGGACAACACAAACCUGCUGUACUCGGUGUCGAUGAUGGAUUUCACGCUGCAGCUGUUCGAGUUCUGGGUGCCGUACGGGCUGUCACUGUCGUCGCCGUCCGGCGGCGAUCACAACAGCAUGAUGGUCGUCGGGUACGGCGAGUACGAGAUGAGCGCGGACGAGACGCGGCGCAUGCGGCGCUUCCUGCUCCGCGGGCGCCUGCUGCAGUGCAAAGAGGCGCUGGGGCUGCUGAAGGAGGCGGUCGAGAUGAGCCGGCGGAUGAGCCCCGAGCUGCGCGAUAUCAGCGCCAGCGAGGGCGUGGAGAGCGAGUGGCUGCAGCAUAUCCUGGGGGGGUAUGAGGCGACGUCCCUCUAUCUUCAUACGCACAACCCAUCCAAAUCAUCCAAAAUGGACCGCCUCACCCAACUAACCUCCCACCUCACCUUUCCCCACGGUCUCCUGGCCAACCAAGUCGCCAUCAUCACCGGCGCAGGCCAAGGCAUCGGCGCCGAGACCGCCCGGUUGUUCGCCAAUGAAGGCGCCAAGGUGGUUGUUGCCGAUAUUGAUGCGGAAAAAGCAACCGCCACAGCAGCCAGCAUCAACGCCGUCUUCUCGACGGACCGCGCGCUCGCCGUGCCGGGCGAUAUCCUGGAUGAUGGGUACAUCGAGGACCUGGUGGCUCGGGCGGCGGCGUUCGGGGGAGGCAAGAUUCAUAUUUUGGUGAAUAAUGCCGGGUUUACCUGGGAUGGGGUUAUACAUAAGAUGACAGACAAACAAUGGGAAGCAAUGCUCGCUAUCCACAACACCGCCCCAUUCAAACUGGUCCGUGCCUUGGCGAAGUAUUUCCGCGUGAAGGACGGGGAGGCCCGCGUGGUGAUUAAUAUCAGUAGUACCAGUGGGGUGCAUGGGAAUGCCGGCCAAGCCAACUACGCCGUCGCCAAAGCAGGCAUAAUCGGGCUAACCAAAACCAUCACCAAAGAAUGGGGCCCAUCGUUCGGGGUGCGCGCCAACACCAUCGCCUUCGGGUUCGUGACCACCCGACUCACGGCCGCCAAGGAGGACGGGGCCUACAUCACCACGCCCGACGGCACCCGGGUCGCCCUGGGCAUCCCCGGCAAGCAGCUGGCCGCGCGCCAGGGCGACGCAGACACCGAGACCAAGACCAAGUAUCCUGAUAUUCCGCUGGGACGGCCGGCAAGUGCGCUCGAGGCGGCGAGGGCGGUGUUGGGGGUGGCCAGUCCGUUGUUUUCGUAUGUGAGUGGGGAGACGAUUCGGGUGACGGGGGGGAGGAAUACUUAG